UUCUCUCUCUCUCUCUCUCUCUCUCUGUUCAGUUCCAAAAUUGAGCCAUGGAAUCGACCUUGCCCGUCAAAUUACGAUGGCCGUCGUUCUGAUCUGAAGCCACACUAUCUACCUCGCGCUCCUCCUCGGCUCGCCUCAUCUUCGUCAUCUCUGAGCCCUGAGUGUCGUCUCCAAGGCUCGGCUCCGUCAUCUUCAUACUCCUAAGUGAUCGCUGUAAUUACAGAUUGCAAGUAUGCUUUGCGCCGGUGAUUAGACAGAGAAGAGGCGAGACACGUAUUCUUGUUGCUCCCAGAGUUCGUUGCCGAAGAUAGGUUCAAAGAUCUCAAUGGCCGAAACGAAGCGUUUCAUCUCCUCGAGUAGGCUGUUAAGCUUGGCCUCGCGAGCCCUAUCUGAGAUUCAAGUUGAAAAUCUAAUUGAUCCAAGGGAGAGCGAAGGAAUUGAAUUGACGAGAAAAAGAAUGAAGCCUGAUGUGACAGUAGCUUUUGUGAUCUUUCCUGAGAUUGCCGGAAAUCUCACCGGAGUAGCUUUUGGUGUUAGUGACAGUAGCUUUUGUGGUCGGCGGAAGUUGGCCGAAAGUCUGUCGAAGACUCACCGGAGUUGGCCAGAAACCUCGCUGGAGAGGAGAGAGAAGAUGAUUGUUGACUUUUUACUCUAGUGGCAUUUAUGUAAAUAUGUUGGUUUUUUAUAUCUAAAAUUUAAUACCCUUUUUAAUUUAGUGGCCUUAUGAGGG